UUGGGGCCCAAAGCAGCACUCCUCGCAUCGAGCGAGCCAUCGAGCCAUCGAGCGAGUGAUGGACGAGCUGCCGCUGCGGCUCUCGGGGCUGAACGGCCGGGAGCUGCGGCUCACGGUGGCCUUGGACUUCUUGGGCUGCGAGCUGCUGCAACGAGUGCGGUCUGAGCUACGUCCACAACCUGGGUGCGUGCUUCACCUGAGCUUCGGCGAAUCCCAAAUCUGCCCAGACAGAUCUUUGCGGGACCAGGCCUUAUCCUCUUUGGAGGGCACAUUCACUUACACCUACACCAAUCUGCUGGCGGCCUGGGACGUUUUGACCGGGCGGUCGGUCAACGGAAAUGUAGCCGGAGAAGCUCUGGAAGGUGUCACAGGGAUCAGGUGGACCUUUGGCGGGGUGGAUAUCUUGGACCCGGUGCUCCCCGAGACUUUGCAGACUCUGACCCUGACGUGUCACUCCAGCAUGCGCUGGGGUAGGCUACCCAGCAGCUUGCAGAGCCUCACUUUGGAGUAUGGCAGCGACUGUCUCCAAGCUGUGCAGGAGAUCAGUUUGCCAGGGCGCCUACAGAGUUUGAGGCUUGAGGGAAGCUUUAACCAAAGCUUGGGGGGGCUGAGUCUGCCAGGCAGCUUGCAGAGUCUGGCAUUCGGAAGGAGCUUCAACCAGAGCCUAGAAGAAGUGACUUUGCCAAGCAGCCUCCAAGAAUUGACCUUCGGCUGGGAUUUUAACCAGCGCUUGCAGCAGGUUCACUUGCCCAGUGGCCUUCAGAGUUUGACAUUUGGCCGCAGUUUCAACCAAGCAUUGCAGGGAGUGACUCUGCCAAGCAACUUGCAGAGCCUGACGUUUGCCAACCAAUACAAUCAAUGCUUGCAGGGGGUCACUUUUCCAAACACACUGCAGAGCCUGACGCUUGGCAAUCAAUUUAACCACAGUUUGGAGAACGUGAGUCUGCCUUGCACUUUGCAAAGUCUGACGUUUGGGUACAGCUUUAACCAAAGUUUGCAGGGUGUGAUCUUGCCGAGCACCCUGCAGUGCUUGACAUUUGGGGAUCAGUUCGACCAAAGCUUGCAUGGGCUGAGUUUGCCCAGCCUUCGGACUUUGAUCUUCGGCAACUGGUUCAACCAAAACUUGCAGGGAGUGUUGCCCGAGCUUCAGAAUUUGACGCUGGGCCGGAACUUCCGCGGGACCCUGGAGGCGCAUUUGCCCGCCCUGCAGACUCUCACCUUUGGCGGGGACUUGGCGAGCUUAAGAGGAGUGAGUCUGCCCGAGACGCUGCGGAUCUUGAGGUUCGGCGAUCAGAUGAGCCAACGCUUGCAGGAGGUCACCCUGCCCAGCAGUCUCCAGAGUCUCACCAUCGGCGAUCAGUCCAGCGAAGGCUGGGAGGCUCGCCUGCCCGGACUGCAGAGCUUGACUUUGGGCUACAGCUUCAACCAAAGCUUGCGAGAGGUGCAGCUUCCCAGUACACUGCAGAGUCUCACCUUUGGCACGACGUUCAACCAAACUUUACAGUGCGUGACUCUGCCAAGCAACUUGCUGAGCCUCAGCUUCGGGCGGAGCUUCAACCAAAGCCUGAAGGGAGUGCACUUGCCAAGCAGCCUUCAAAGCUUGAUGUUUGGACGAAGCUUCAACCAAAGCUUCCAGGAUGUCGAGCUGCCCAGUGGCCUGCAGACCCUGACCUUUGGCAACGACUUCGACCAGAGCUUGCAGGGGGUGAGUUUGCCCAGCGGGCUCCAAAAGAUUAGGUUCGGCGAUCGCUUUGACCAGAGCCUGCAUGAGGUCGAGUUGCCCUCUGCCCUUGAAAGUCUCACAUUCGGCUACAGAUUCAACCGCAGCUUGAAUGGAGUCAAUCUGCCCAGAACUUUGCAAUCCCUGACGUUUGGGGAUCGCUUUGACCAAAGCUUGGAGGGACUGAAUCUGCCCUGCCUUCAGAGUUUGAUCUUUGGCCACAACUUCAACCACAGCUUACAGGGCCUCAGCUUACCCAGCGCCUUGCGCAGGGUGGGCUGCGACAGUGCAGGCAUCCUGGUCGAGUGUUGCUUGGAGUGAUGCCAUUGCAUCCAUUGGAUCAGCUGU